UCACUUUUUAUCGUCCAAUUGCAGCAUUUUGCAGCCAUUUUAUCCAUUUUACUCACUUUUAUCAUCAAAGUGCAGAUUUUCUAGAUACUUGAAAUAUUAUGGGGAACUGAAAAUCACUGAAAAAAGUGGGAAAAAAAAUGCUUGCUUAUACAUCAAUGGCUGCAGCAUCACUAUCAUCAUCACUGCCAAUAAACUUCCAAAUUGACAGAAAACUAUCCUUUAAUCUUCAGCUUAUUAAUCAUCAGCAGAGGGCCAUGAAAGUUAAGAUGGUGGUACGAGCUGGUCGAUACACAAGAUUGUCUUUGGAUACACCAGGGGCUUAUCAGCUUAUAGAUAAUGAGACUGGGGAGAAAUUUAUCGUCUGGGGUGGUGAGGAGAAUGACCCUCCAAAUUCCCCCAUUCCUUCCCAGCAAGUUCUUUCCUGGGAACCCUUUUCAUCAAACAGCAAAAGGAGGGGGAAUUCAGAUGGUGCUGAUGAUUCAGUUGGCAGCCCAGCAGGUAGUGGAGGACUGGCUAGAAGUUUUGGGAGAUUAAAAGCUCAGAGAGUAAAAGCUCUUGUUAGGAGAAGUCACAGAAAGAUUCAAGAAACCAAUGACCUUGAUCACCUAGAACAGAAUGCACAUAACACGCGUCUUCAAUUAGCUGAAAGCAAAGACAUACUGCAAAAUAUCUUGACUAAUGAUCAUAAGGAACACCAUGAGAUAUCAUUUAGACGUGAAACUGGACAACUUCCAAAGGAUCAAUGUACACCAACAGAAGAUCAGCUGUCUGAUUUUUCAUCUGCUGAAUCAGAUGUUUCUGUGUCAAGGGCUUCUUCUACCACUUUACGGGGAUGGGGUAGUAGGGAGUCAAGGGACAUUUAUAGGCAGGCCAAUAAUUCUGCCAAAAGGAGGAAUAUGAAUGAUAAGCAUAACUUUUUCAGUAAAAAGUCCUUUAAGGAUCUAGGAUGCAGAGAUUAUGUUAUUGAAUGUUUGCGUGGCCUGCAUUUCCUACAGCCUUCUCAUAUUCAGGCCAUGGCAUUUGAACCAGUUAUUGGGGGAAAGAGCUGCAUUGUAGCUGAUCAAAGUGGAUCAGGAAAAACUUUGGCAUAUCUUUUACCAAUUGUUCAGCGUCUUAGAGAAGAAGAGCUUCAAGGCAUUAGCAAGUCAAUGUCUAAUAGUCCUCGAGUUGUUGUACUGGUGCCCACAGCUGAGUUAGCUUCUCAGGUUUUAAGUAUUUCCCGAUCUUUAUCAAAGUUGGGCAUUCCAUUCCGCUCUAUGGUCGCGACAGGUGGAUUUCGUCAAAAGACCCAAUUGGAGAAUCUAAAACAAGAACUAGAUGUUUUGAUAGCUACUCCUGGAAGAUUUAUGUUUCUGAUGAAAGAAGGCUUCCUGCAGUUAAAAAAUCUCAAAUGUGCUGUAUUGGAUGAGGUAGAUAUACUCUUCAAUGAUGAAGAUUUUGAGCUGGCAUUACAAUGUCUAAUGAACACCUCACCUAUCACAACACAAUAUCUGUUUGUGACAGCGACUUUACCUGUUGAAAUCUACAACCACCUUGUUGAAGCCUUUCCUGAUUGUGAUGUUAUAAUGGGGCCUGGUAUGCACCGUACAAGCCGUGGCCUUGAAGAGAUACUCGUAGAUUGCAGUGGAGAAGACCGAGCAGAGAAGUCUCCAGAGACAGCAUUUCUGAACAAGAAAAAUGCUCUUCUCCAUUUGUUGGAGGAAAAUCCAGUAAAUAAGACGAUUAUUUUCUGUAACAAGAUUGAGACAUGUAGAAAAGUUGAAAAUGUGCUGAAACGAUUUGACAGAAAAGGGUCUAUGAUUAGAGUAUUGCCAUUCCAUGCUGCUUUGGAUCAUGAAACACGGCUUGCAAAUAUGGAGGAGUUCCGUGGCUCUCAGAUGAAAGACAGUGCUUCAUUCUUGGUGUGCACUGACAGAGCAUCCAGGGGGAUUGACUUUGCAGGCGUGGAUCAUGUAGUGCUCUUUGAUUUUCCUCGUGAUCCCAGUGAAUAUGUACGACGUGUUGGGAGGACUGCCAGAGGUGCAGGAGGGAAGGGAAAGGCUUUCAUCUUUGUAGUUGGUAAACAAGUUUCUCUUGCACGGAGGAUAAUUGAAAGAAAUAGAAAAGGUCAUCCAUUGCAUGAUGUGCCAUCUGCAUAUGAGUUGAUGACUUAAGACUCAGCAUGUACAAGACAGAACGGUUCUUUAAAUGCAAAAAUCCUUUUCUUUUCUAUCUGCCUGAGGGUUGGAGUGGAUUGCGACGUGCACUAAGAAACAUAGGCGUCGACAAUGGAAAGUUAGGAAGCACACAUACACCUGCAAAGAGUAUUCUUAUGAUCUAAAAUUGAUCUCUUUUGGCAUUUAGGAUUUUGUACCUCAUUUUGGUUCAUGCGUGUCAGCAUUGUUGGAAUGCUAUAGCCUUGACACAUAAGCAUGCGAGGUGCUGCAAUUGUUCAUGAUUACAAUGGCAGCACAAGUGCCGUUUUCCUUUCUUGAAAAUCUGUUGGUGUUAUUCCCUUCGGACUCUUUAACGCGUUCAACUUCUGUUGCAAUGCUGAGUGCUGUUCACCCUUUUA